AUGUUCCAGACGCCGGCGCUCCAGCGGUACCUCAUGUGGAACGUGCCAAUCACGCACGCCGCCAUGCGCAAGCCAGCGCCACGUGGCGCGACGACGGCGCCGCCCGACCUCGUGACACUCGUGACGCUCAAUCUGACCGUGCUCUCGAUCGUCCACGGCGCACGCCUCGACGAGCACGACGCAUACACUAGCAGCCAUCCCAGCAGCCAAACAACGCACCACCGCGGCGUCAUGCCCGGUGUCCUCACGCCGCUCGUGGCCAGCGAGUCUGCAGAGGCAGGGCGGCCGACGCUGCGCCAGCUCCGGGCGGCCAGUACGCCACUGCCUGCGGUGGGCGCCAUCGAUACCAUGACUGUCAAGGAGACGGUGUCGAUGAUCGCGCCUGCCCAAGACAGUGCCAUGGCCGCCGAGCCGGUCGGCGAGCCGAUCGAAGAAGCCUCGAUGACCAACGACGACGCCUCGCUCAACACGACGGCGGACAAGCCGACACCCAUGGCCGUCAAGGAGACGGUGCCAAUGAUUGCGCCUGCUCAAGACAGUGCCAUGGCCGCCGAGCCGGUCGCCGAGCCGGUCGAAGAAGCGGCUGCUACCUCGAUGGCUAUCGACGACGCCCCGCUCAACACAACGACGGACGAGCCGACGCCCAUGAAUGAUUCAACGCCACUUGAAGAGUCAACCGCCAUUGAGUCGACGAUGCUGGCUGAACCAGAGACGACGACGACCUCCACGUGCUCCGACGACGUGACGAUGAGCACCACCGACGAGCUUUUGCUAGCGACGAGUACACUUGACGCGACGCCCUCGACGCCCGCUGCGCCGACCGACGACGCAGCCGCUGCGUCACUGUUGAUGGUCGCCGCCCCAGCCCUCUCCUCGGACAGCAUGGACGAGCCGGACGACGAAGAGAAGAUUGCAGCUGAGCUGCCCAUCAUCUCGGCAGUAGCCACGCCAGACGAUUCGAUUUCGAAAGACCUUGUCGCAGACCAGCGCUCGAUCGCCGGCUCGUCGACCGCGUCCGAGGACGGCGACGACGAGGCAGAUCGCGUCUUGUCGAUCACGGUCAAGGCGUCUUCGGCUCCCGUUGCGCUGCCGUCGCCGAUCCCCGAGGCGGCCGAGAACGACGCUUCCGAGCCGCUUUUUUCGAUGGACCUCAUGUCGGACCUCGACGACUCGGACGGCUGGUCGGUCUACGCAUCCAGCGAGUGCGGCACCGAGUCCGGGUCGGUGACAGACACGGGUCGGUCGCGCAGCCGCAGCCGCAUCCCGCGACGCGUCGUCCAGCCCGAGCUGCAGCCGUGCCUCCGCCGCAACAACCGGUCCGCGACAAGCCUUUCGGAGCACAAGGCGGCGCGCCUCGAAUCGCCGGCGCGCGCCCGUGGCGACGUCACGAACCGUCUUUACAACCCCUCGUACCACCAAGAACGGGACUCGAAGCUCGAGCAGCUCCGCGCCCAACGCGAGCUCGAAGAGUGCACCUUCCGCCCAUCGACCAACGGCAAGCCCCGGCCCCCCGGCGGCGGCGCCACCGUCACCUUCUUGUACCCUUCCGCACACUAA